AUGCCCAGGUACACGGUGCACGUGCGCGGGGAAUGGCUGGCCGUGCCCUGCCGGGACGCGCAGCUCACGGUGGGCUGGCUGGGCCGUGAGGCCAUCAAGAGGUACGUCAAGAAUAAGCCAGACAACGGCGGCUUCGCCUCGGUGGACGACGUGCGCUUCCUCGUGCGCCGAUGCAAAGGCCUGGGACUCCUGGACGACGAGGACCCGCUUCAGGUGGCCCUGGAGGACAACGAGUUCGUGGAAGUGGUUAUAGAAGGGGAUGCCAUGUCUCCCGACUUCAUUCCAUCACAACCAGAAGGAGUUUACCUAUACAGCAAAUACCGGGAGCCUGAAAAGUACAUCGCCUUAGAUGGGGACAGCCUGACCACAGAGGAUCUGGUCAACUUGGGAAAAGGAUACUACAAAAUAAAGCUCACCCCAACUGCGGAAAAGAAGGUGCAAAAAUCCAGGGAAGUCAUAGAUAGCAUCAUAAAAGAAAAAACUGUUGUUUACGGUAUCACUACAGGUUUUGGGAAAUUUGCCAGAACUAUAAUUCCUGUCAAUAAGCUAGAAGAGCUGCAGGUCAACCUAGUACGUUCACAUUCUUCAGGUGUUGGGAAACCACUAAUCCCUGAGAGAUGUCGGAUGCUCCUGGCUUUAAGGAUCAAUGUCUUAGCCAAAGGAUACAGUGGCAUUUCCCUGGAGACCCUCAAGCAAGUUAUCGAAGUAUUCAAUGCCUCCUGCCUGCCCUACGUUCCAGAGAAAGGAACGGUUGGUGCCAGUGGAGACCUUGCACCUCUCUCUCAUCUUGCUCUUGGGCUAAUUGGAGAAGGGAAGAUGUGGUCUCCAAAGAGUGGCUGGGCUGAUGCUAAAUACGUCUUGGAGGCUCAUGGAUUGAAACCAGUUGUUUUGAAACCAAAAGAGGGUCUGGCACUCAUCAACGGGACACAGAUGAUCACCUCCCUGGGCUGCGAAGCUGUGGAGAGAGCCAGUGCUAUUGCACGUCAGGCUGACAUCGUGGCGGCCCUGACCCUUGAGGUGCUGAAAGGCACCACCAAAGCCUUCGAUACUGACAUUCAUGCUGUUCGCCCUCAUCGUGGGCAAGUUGAAGUGGCUUUUCGGUUUCGGUCACUCUUGGACUCGGAUCACCACCCUUCUGAAAUAGCAGAAAGUCACAGGUUCUGUGAUCGUGUUCAGGACGCAUAUACCUUGCGCUGCUGUCCACAGGUGCAUGGUGUGGUGAAUGACACAAUAGCGUUUGUGAAGAACAUCAUUACCACAGAACUUAAUAGUGCAACAGACAAUCCUAUGGUAUUUGCCAGUAGGGGAGAGACUAUUUCUGGAGGAAACUUCCAUGGUGAAUACCCAGCCAAAGCCCUGGACUAUUUGGCCAUUGGAGUUCAUGAGCUUGCUGCUAUUAGUGAAAGAAGAAUCGAAAGGCUCUGUAACCCCUCCCUCAGCGAGCUGCCUGCCUUCCUGGUUGCUGAGGGUGGUCUGAACUCGGGAUUCAUGAUUGCACAUUGUACAGCUGCAGCCCUCGUUUCUGAGAACAAGGCUCUGUGCCACCCCUCCUCGGUGGACUCUCUCUCCACCAGCGCGGCCACAGAGGACCAUGUCUCCAUGGGAGGAUGGGCAGCAAGGAAGGCACUUCGGGUCAUCGAGCAUGUGGAGCAAGUGCUGGCCAUCGAACUUCUGGCAGCCUGCCAGGGCAUAGAGUUUCUACGCCCCCUGAGAACAACUACUCCUCUGGAAAAAGUAUAUGACCUGGUGCGCUCUGUUGUAAGGCCCUGGAUAAAAGAUCGCUUCAUGGCCCCAGACAUUGAGGCAGCGCACAGGCUGCUCCUGGAACAGAAGGUUUGGGAAGUAGCUGCACCAUACAUAGAAAAAUACAGAAUGGAACAUAUUCCAGAAUCCAGACCAGUUUCUCCAACAGCCUUUUCACUGGAAUUCCUACAUAAGAAUUUCAUCAAAAUCCCAGAGUCUGGGGAUCUUUAA